GAAUACCAUAAUGCGACGCCGUAGUAAGAGCGUCGUCUACAGAGAGAUUCUCGUCCUUAAUUUGGAAGAAGAAAGAAGAAAAGACCGAGAAAAUAGAUAGAGAGAUACAGAGAGAUAGAUCCUCGUUGACGCAUCUAAGGUCCAAAUAGGUCAAGUGAUUACCCGUUGAAUCAUCUCCUUCUCCCGUUGAAUCGGUCAAAAUUCAACUAAAAACCGAAACCCUAGUCGCGCGCGAAGAGAGAGAGAGAGAGAGAGAGAGAGAGGAAGGGGAAUAGUCGGCGUGAUGAACAGAUUGAGGAAUCUGGACGCUUACCCUAAAAUCAAUGAAGAUUUUUACAGGCGUACGCUCUCUGGUGGUGUCAUCACCCUCGUUUCUUCAAUCGUCAUGCUAAUUCUCUUCUUCUCCGAGCUUCAGCUUUACAUGCAUCCGGUUACAGAGACUCAGCUCCGUGUUGAUACAUCAAGAGGAGAGAAGCUACGCAUCAAUUUUGAUGUUACAUUCCCUGCGCUUCAAUGCUCGAUUAUUAGUAUUGAUACGAUGGAUAUCAGCGGAGAGCGGCACCUUGAUGUGCGACAUGAUAUUAUCAAAAGAAGAUUAGACUCUCAUGGCAAUGUCAUCGAGGCAAAACAAGAUGGAAUUGGUCAUACUAAGAUUGAGAAACCUUUACAGAAACAUGGUGGAAGGUUGGAGCACAAUGAAACAUAUUGUGGUUCCUGUUUUGGAGCCGAAGUGACAGAUGAUACUUGUUGUAAUUCAUGUGAGGAAGUUCGUGAAGCUUACCGAAAGAAAGGUUGGGCCCUCUCAGACCCUGAAUCAAUCGAUCAGUGUAAAAGAGAAGGCUUUGUGCAAAAGGUGAAAGACGAGGAAGGUGAAGGUUGUAAUGUUCACGGUUUCUUGGAAGUUAAUAAAGUUGCUGGGAAUUUCCAUUUCGUUCCAGGACAAAGCUUCCAUCAAUCCGGUUUUCAGUUUCAUGAUUUGAUAUUGUUCCAUCAAGGCAACUACAAUAUUAGCCACAAGGUCAACAGGUUGGCCUUUGGGGACUUUUUCCCCGGUGUAGUGAACCCUUUAGAUGGUGUGCAGUGGAAUCAGGAGAAACAGAAUGGCGUGUAUCAAUAUUUCAUCAAGGUGGUACCAAGUAUUUACACUGAUGUUCACGGGAAUACUAUUCAGUCAAACCAGUUCUCUGUGACGGAACAUUUCCAGAACGCGGAAGCAGGUCGCAUGCAAUCCCCGCCUGGUGUUUUCUUCUACUAUGAUCUUUCGCCGAUUAAGGUGAUAUUUGAAGAGCAGCAUGUGGAGUUCUUUCACUUCCUAACAAAUGUUUGUGCUAUAGUAGGAGGUAUCUUCACGGUAUCAGGAAUAGUAGAUUCGUUCAUAUACCAUGGACAAAGAGCAAUUAAGAAGAAAAUGGAGAUUGGUAAAUUCAACUGAGUUGUUUUAUAUUCUUGAGCAGAGUGACUGGAGAAUCUCGUUGGAUUUUACAGUUAGAUAUUAGGUUCGAAUCUGGCGACAAUGCGAUUAUGAUUGAUUUUAAGGAAUUUUGCUGUACUGUAUAAUGUCGAAGGAUCUAAGAAACUUUUACUUUUUUGCCUUUCCAUUAUAUGUGAUCUCUUCCUCUUGGCAAGAUUUAAAAUGUCAAGAUUAUGUGACCUCCGCUUCAAAACGAAAUGUUUGUUUUUCCCACUUAAUUCAAGUUUAUUUUGAUAAAAUCACAAAAUAAUAGAAAACAAAUUGACGAUUA